UUGUGACUGAGUUUUGAAUUAUUUUAAGAAACUGCAAAGUCUGCCUGGAAAAACAGGAAAUUGAGCAAAAGUGGUGACGUCAUUUGUGAGCGCCUCUGUUGGCCUUCGAAAUGGGCUUGACUCGUUAGCCCUGAUUUCGUUUUAUCGUCCCCCUGCACGGCAACUUUUUGUCAAGAAACUCCCGUCCGCGAUGACAUUUGUAGGUGAAUUGGCAGACAAAGUCAGCCCCCUCUUUGCAGAACUGGUUCCUGUGUGGGCGGACUGGCCUGCAAGUUUCACUUCCUGUGCAGUACAGUAGAGCGACUUGUUUGGUCAGAGGAUUACCAUGAAACCAGCUCAGGAGCGUAACCAGGAGUGCCUGCCUCCAAAAAAGAGGGACCUCCCUGUCAACAACAGCACUGGAGCAGGGGGGACAGGAGGAGGCACUACAGCCGCUGGGGGGGUUGCUGGAGAAGACGAGGCGCCUUCCAGCCAGAACUCUGCAGCCAACAGUGAAACUCAGGGAGGGACCUCAUCUGGAGAGUGGCUGCAAGCACAAGCAGGUUACCAUUAUAGAGUGGAUCAUUCAGACAGCAUAUCAACUGUUCCUGUCGACCAUUAUAGCAUGCUUUACAAAGUGGCUGUCCCAUCUGUUACUUACUCCUCCAACAAUCUUCACCCAGUGCUUAGCCACAUCUCUCAAGCCUAUACAGUUCACUCUCCUCUCCUGCAGCAUCCAGGCCUCCCCUACCCUCCUCUUGGUUAUGCACAGAUCCCUCAUUCCUCUCUACAGUUUGUUAGUCCCCCUUAUGCUGCAGUACCUUACGCUCUACCACCUGGCUUUGUCCCAGGAUCCUUGAUCUCUCCCUCAGGACCUAUUCCUCAGGCCCAUUCUGUCUCUCACCUUGUUCCCUACCCAUCUAUCAUACAGGAAGGUGUUGUCUCUCCACCUCCCCAGGCUCAGGUAGCUACUCAUACCUUUGCCAAAGCUUCAGGUGGUGUUCCAUUGAUGCUACCCUCAGAGCAAGCAGCCCAGCAGCACCUUGGUACAGUUGGAGUUUUACCCGCAGGCGAGCUCAGCUCCAGAGGAUUGUACCACCCUCAAGGCAGCAGGGGUUCCUCUGGCCUCAGAGAUGCCCACAGUUCUGAGUUGGCAAAUGAAACGGAGAUGAAUGGAGGGGAUAGAGAACAAGGAGGCAAGGAGGUCGGACAAGACUCUACUCACACUGCCAGAAAUGCACAUUUACCGCGUGUGACAUCCACUUCAGCAACGCAAGAGCACAGCCAAGCGAGAGUACUGCAAACCCGAAGGCUGGACGGCAGGAAUUCUCCUGGUCAGCGCAGCACUCCAGACAGUGAUCUAGAGGUGCAGCAGGUGGUUGGUCGUUUGGCUUCCUCGAGCCAGGGGAACAGUGGAUUACGAAAGGAGGUGACAUUUGCCCCCUUAAACCUCUGUCAGGGUGGCCAGAGAGCCGUGGAUGUCCACAGUGAGAGCACGGCAGGAGUUUCUGCCAGGAACGUGUAUUCGGCUCAACCAUUAAGCUACAGCGACCAUCACAAGCUGAGCGGUCAACAGACGGGACAACCCGCCCAUGCAGUCGUGCUCGCCAAUGGGCAGCCAGUUCUUAUUCCCAUUGACUAUCAGCAGCAACAUCAGCUGCCACAGCAACAUUACCCAGGACAGACGAACGACGCUUCAGCAAGCCAUGCUACCACCACGUCCUCCCCUAACCCAAGCUUUAAAGCCUCUGAUUCUUCAGCCAGAGUGUGCCUCCCUGAGAGAGCAGAGCCCACAGCAGCUCUGCAGCAGCUUCCACAGCAGCCGGUGAUCCAGCCUGCAGCAGAUGUGUCUCAGGCCUUAGCUGCAAGUCUCCCUCCUGCCCAGGCUCCUAGUAAUCCAUCACACUUCAUGAAGGGGGCAAUUAUUCAGUUGGCCACUGGGGAGCUGAAGCGUGUGGAGGACCUGCAGACUCAGGAUUUUGUGCGCAGCGCUGAGGUGAGCGGGGGUCUCAAGAUUGACUCCAGCUUGGUGAUGGACAUCCGCGCCAGCCAGCAAAGACCAGGUCUUGCAUCGCUUCAUUUUACGGUCGGGGAACAGCAGAGCAAAGUGACAAUCGACGUGCCUCCAGAGCACCCUUUUUUUGUGUUUGGCCAGGGCUGGUCAUCGUGCAGCCCCGAGCGCACAGCCCAGCUUUACGGCUUGGUUUGCCAUCGUUUGCAAAUCGGGGACACGUGUGUGUCUAUUAGGCUGCAGCAACAGCUUCAACCCCAGCAGGAGAAGCAACCACAGAAGCAUCAUUCGCAGCAACAGCAGAACCUCGCAAGGACUUUGAACAAAACCAAUGCCACAUCAGGACCUAGUCACCAGCUCAUGGGGCCUCCUGCCCCUCAGCAGUCACGGCCUCAGUCUCAUUUCAGGUUGGAUCGCAUCAACAGAGACAGGCAGAGGGAUGGAGAAAAAGAGUUCGCGGAGGAGGAGGAAGUCAUGCAUUUGGGUGGGGUCGGACACACAGAAUCACCAAUCAGAACGAGCAGAAUCCCAGCCGAGCAUCCCAGGAGUCAGAGCAGUUAUCACUUGCACACAGAGGGCUCUGCGUUUGCAGAGGCAGGCAUGGGAGCAAUACAAACUCCCCAUGGCGCCUCUCAGAGACGAUGGUCUUCACCCGGCCUCCAAAGAUACAGCGCGAAAGGAGACGACGGGCCGCGUCCUCAGAUAAUCACCUCUGCUCACCCGCGGCCGUCUUUCAUCCCCCAAGAGGUCAAACUGUCCAUUGAGGGGCGCUCUAAUGCAGGGAAGUAGCAUCAUAUUUGGUAGCAACCAUAGAAGGGACUGCCACGAGGAAGACGAGAGCUUGACAAGGAGAGAAAGAGGGAAAAAAACAGUGUGAAUGUAGCCUCAGAAUGUUGGAGAUUUUGCACACUUAAAAAUACACAAAGACAUCUAAUCAUUAUCUUGUGGUGAGAAGUUGUGGUCCAGUUUCAGCCUGCUGCAGUCUUAACGGGGAUGUGAAAGCUAAGCAUGUAGCUGACAUGUUCUCACACACUGCUUUUCUCUUCCUCCGUCCCUCCUUUGUCUCCACUUCCUUGAACUCAUACCAGGUAACUAUCACUUUCAGAGACACUCACUUUGGUUUUGGCUAUUUUAGAGAAUUGAGGUAAUGACUGUCUAUUAAAAAAAAAGGUUGGAUUCGAUUGAAGCUACCAGCUACAGUGUAAACAAAAAAUCAAAGUCAAUAAUGUUUAUCCACAGCGAUGUCCAAAAUAUUGCUUGAAUCCAAAGCAGUCGCCCUAAAGAAUAGUGGUUGCUGACAUUUGGAGACCCUGCUGUUGUUGUCCCCACCUGUCUGUGUGCUUUACAUUGUGCUUUUACAACAGGAGUCGGAAACCUGUGCUUUCAACAGCAAUACUCUCCCUUCGUUCUUUCUUAGGACGCCGCUCUGCAAAGGCUGGAAAGCUCUCUCAGGCACAUGUCCCAUUUCAUAUUUGUCUCACAAUCAAAUCAAGCUAAUCCGUUGCGUCACCACCUUCCUCUUACUUGUUCUGAAUGAGAGCCAUAAUGUUUGUGAUUGGAAUAAUAUCCGGUUCUCUUCGAUCUAAUCUUGUUUUUGAAUGACCAACUUCACUUUUUCCUCUCCACCCUCCUCAUAGACUGCUUCAUACAACACAUCAUAUUGUAUGACAGAUGCUUUAAGCUUCAAUUCUUGUUAAACCAAAUGAAAGCAAUAGUUCAUUUCAAAGUACUGCCCCACCACAGGAAUUUUAUUGUGUCUGAGGGGUGAAUUCUUUAUUUUAAGCAAGAGCAACUUUGGUGCAUUUGUUGAAAUUGAAGGUGUUUUCCAGUCACUGUUGACAGUUUCAUUUAUAAAGUUCUGAAGGUGGAUCUCCAUGAGAGACCUGGUUAAAUAAUACAAUUGUAAAUGUCUGGUCCUUAACUCCUAUAUAAGGGGUUGUUGGUCCAGCAGGUUUUAAACUGUCCUGUGUUGCACAUCUAGCCCUGCUUGGUUUUACUUUGAAUUUAAAAUAGGACUCCUAACACCUUUUUUUUUUUUGUAACAAAGGGAAUAUUUUAAAGUAGUGUUAGAAUUAUCUGGCAAAAAUAAUGUUUCUCUAAGUGUUUACACAUUAGCCUAAGCGAAUGCUGCAGAUUCUUCCUGAUGCCAGUUUUUUAUAUUGGGCAAAAAAAAAAUCUAAAAUAGGAUAAUUUGAAAUGAAGUGCAAUUAGACCAUGCAUAAAUCAUAAAAUUAACAUUCCACAUGUAGACAUUCCCCUCACCAAUUAAUUUUUUUGCCAUCGAUCCUCAGGCUUGCCUUUGGCAAACACUUUGAUCCCAUUGAAAAGUGAUGGACGCGGUUGUCAUUGCGAGGAGCUUUAAAACAUCGGUUCACAUUUCUUUUGAACUUUUACUUGAAUGCUUACAACUUCCUCUGCGCAUGUAAAGAGCCAUACGCCACUGUCUUCAUUUUUAGCUUCAGCAGUUCGUCAGCAGGCGAAUGCACCAAUUCCCAUAUAGGGUGUGAGAGUUUGUCACUGAAAACCUUUCAUGUAGUAGUGUUGGUAUUUUCUAUGCAGUAACCAGAACUGUGCCCUUCAUUGUUUCAAGUGUGGCUUUGAAGCGGUGGAGCGGGUUGGCUGAUGCAGUUCUUAUUUUAGGAUUUAUGCUUCGAAUUGCUCUCUUUUGUAGAAGUUCAACACUCGUUUUAUGUUCAGUGAGUUUCUCAAAGUGACAAAUGACAGAACUCUGAUUUCCUCUUACAGUACUACACAGCAGAUGCCAAAUCGUCGAAGAAGUGUUAUUUAAAGCUGUUUUGGCCUGGUUGCCAGCCACUUAAAUGUGUUUUUAGGUCAGGAUGCAAUUUAUUUGUUCAUUACCUCCUGUUUAUUCUCACACACAGACCAUCAUCCUUUUAUUUUGAAGGGUUUGUGCUGUUUUCCGCAGGAAAGCUUAGUAAAUUCUCAAACAAAGAUGUCUAAUUUCCUUAACUUCACUGAUGGUCUGUUGCUCUAAGUGAUUGCACUAAAUGUCCUUCACAGUGUUUUAAAAAGGAAUACUAUUGGGGAGUUGAAGACUAAACUAUAAGAGCGCACAAAAUCGUGGAGCAAUCACAGGUUUUGUGUUUCUGUAGAUAUAUGCAUUUCUUCUGUUGUACAUAGCUUUGACGCUUGUCGAUAAUGCCUUAAACUUUGCUUUGUACAAUUUGUGAGAUGGAAAUGUUGGAGUAAUGUUUCCUGCUAGAUUUGUUUUUCCCUUUUCAAGUUGUACAAAUCAAAAGAAGUCGAGCUUUGGAGCAGAACUUCAAACAUUUCAUUAUCUGCAGCUUUGUGCUGCUUUAGAUUCUGCUCAGUUACAUUUUUAUUUCACUCAACUUAAUUUGUGACUUUCUUCUUAGUGUGCAAGUCCAUAAAAAAUCAAAUAAAGGAUGUCAGCGACGUCUUUCCUUCAAUGCAUUUACAAACAUGUACAGAUCUUUAAAUGUAUUGUUGUUGCACAAGAUCUGUAAGGAGUUUUUUUCCCUUUUUGCUCCCUAGAAUAAUGGGUUAUUUUAUUUUUUCUGUUCCAAAGUCUCUAAAAAGGCAAAAAUGCAUUCAAACUAUAACAAGACCAGCUGCACACGUCAGUUAGCUUUCCACUAGUGGUAGUGUGCUGGCUUUCUGGGGUCUUGUGUCAUUGGUUAAACUGCGUUCUGUCAAUCCAGUUUUGAACUGCCAGCCAGUGAUGAAUUCAAUCAGGAGAGUUGGAUUGGUUUUUAAUAACAAGACAAAAAAACAAAAAAAACAAUAACAGUAUGUGUAUUAUCAAACGUCGUAUUUCGUUUUCCACACACUGCUUUUCAUGUAACCAUCAUAACGACAUCAUCACUUUGAAAAAUGCCUAAAUCAGCUAAAUAUAUGCAAUUAUGUAAAUGUAACAUUCAAUCCUCAAGUAUAAUCCAGGUGGUAUCAACUUUGUAUAGUGAGUUUUAAUAUCGUAUGGCCGUACCAAUAUGUAUUGAUCUCUAUCAGAAGCCUUAGAGUUGUUGACCCAAAGUGCUCCCUUAGAAUGCCCCCGCCCUCCACUUUAACAAAGCAUUAAUAUCUCUAUUUUGUUGCAUUUUUAUUUGUACCCUUUUUGAAUAAAAUAGAUUUGUACUGUAUAUUUGUACCUCUGUGAACUACUUAGGACUUUUUUUGCUGUUUUAAUUCUAUGUACUUUAAGGACACAAAGAUAUUGUAUUUUUAUUGUUACAGCUAACUUGGAGACAUUGCAUUUAUCAUGUUUGUCAAGUAAACACAAUAUAAUAUAUAUAAAUAUAUAUAUACAGAUACAAAUAUGAA